UUCCCUAGCUCCCGCCCAAUUUAUUUGUUAUUCUCAUUUUUAUAUCCUUUUAAUAAUAUAAGCGAUAAUCGUGAUUCGUGAAUAAUACUUGUCAUUGGAAUGGAAUUUUUCAGCAUUAUCAGGUGCUAUCGAAGCCAUUGCUAAGAGCAAUAUUUAUGGGAUGAUGUACUUCGUUUUAAGCAAAGUGUAAAAAAGUAUUUUCAAAAAGUAAAAAAGUAAUGACUUUAGAGCGCGCCAGUUUGAAGUAAAAUCAUAAGGAGCAUUAUCGAUACGAUUGUUAGAUCGUUCGUUAAGACGAUAAAUUCUUGCAUUCGUUGAACGGAAGUGAGAAAUGAAAAUUUUCAGGGGCUGGAAGCCGAAAGGAUGAAUCGAAACUCAAAGUGUGGCUUUUGCGGAAUAUUUCCGAAAUGUCUGCAAAAUCUGGCGACCUCGCGGAGCUUUAUCGCGGUCUACGGACUUCUCGGCACUGUACAGUCAAUGGCCUUCAUUUAUAUUGUUGUUAGCCUAACAACAUUAGAAAAAAGAUUUAAAAUCCCUAGUAGAACUACCGGAAUCAUUCUGUCGGGUAACGAGAUCUCGCAGAUCCUCUCGAUCUUGCUGAUUUACUACGGCGGCUCGGGGCACAGGCCGCGAUGGAUCGCCGUCGGGGUUGGCUGCAGCGCCAUCUCCUGCCUCGUCCUCGCUCUGCCCCACGUCAUCUACGGCCCCGGUCAGGACGCCCUCGCCCUCACCAAGGAGCACCUCAACUCUAGUCUCCUCGCCGACGACCUCGCCGGCCGAAAGAGCAACCUACCGACUUGCUCCAACGACAGUCGACCCGAGAGCUGCGACGUGGACGGCCUCACCGACACCAGCGUCGCGCCCCGACUCCUCGUGUUUUUCUCCCAGUUCAUCCUCGGAAUUGGGACGACCCUCUAUUACGGCCUUGGGCAGACUUACAUGGACGACAACACUAAGAAAAAGAAUACACCAAUGCUCUUAGGUUUUACUUUCGCGUUGCGAACAGUUGGUCCAGCUCUUGGAUUUGUCCUCGGAUACAUUUGCUUAAAUAUAUACAUAGAUCCGAGCUUGCAUCCCAUAAUCGAUAAAAAGGAUCCAAGAUGGCUCGGCGCUUGGUGGCUUGGGUGGAUCAUUCUCGGAAUUACGAUGGCAAUUUUCGCUGUGCUUCUUGCGAUGUUUCCGCGGGAGCUGCAAAAGUCGAAAAAAUCAAGCAGAGAAGAUGAAUAUUUGAGCGAGAGCGAGGUACCUUUAAAAAUUGGAUCGACAAGAAAUUCGAAGAAAUCCGAAGAAACGAGAAGGUCGAUACAACCUUCUUUGAAAGAAUUUCCAAAGACGAUUAAGCGAAUAUUAAUGAAUAAAUUGUUGAUGUUAAAUAUAUUUAGUGGCGUUUUCUAUGUUCUAAGCGCCUCUUCCUUCAUGAACUUUAUUUCUAAGUAUCUGGAGGUUCAAUUCGAGACUUCGCCAGGUGAAGGCACAAUAAUAACGGGUCCACUCACAUUACUAGGAAUGGUACUUGGUUUUUUGAUCUCAGGAAUUGUUAUUGGUAAAUUUAAGCCAUCCGCUAGACCUCUUUUAUUCUGGAACGUUAUUGUUGGAUUAUGCUACUUUUUCGGACAGAUAGCAUUUAUGUUCCUGGGAUGUGGGAGUGGAACUAUCGAAGGACUGAAUUUUGAUACGCUCAAGAUGAACCUGACAACGCCCUGCAACGUGGCCUGCAAUUGCGAAUUGGUGAAGUACGCGCCCGUCUGCCAUGAAGCCACGAAGACGACCUUCAUCUCGGCCUGUCACGCGGGCUGUCGCAGCGUCAUCAACGAUACGAGUUUCGGUGAUUGCGCCUGCAUCCCAGCUAUCGUCAGUCCCAGCAACGUCAAACAAUCGGCCAGCGACGUGGUGAUCGCCGGCCCCUGCAAGGAAAACUGCUUCCAGCCGUACAUGCUCUUCUCGAUCGUCUCGACGUUCAUCAACAUCCUCGGCUGUUCCGGUAGGAUAGGCAACGUUCUGCUCAACUACAGAUGCGUGGAGACGAGGGACAAGAGUCUCGCCCAGGGCAUCGCCCUCUUAGUCGUCUCCCUCUUCGCGCUCAUACCCGGGCCCAUUAUAUUCGGGGCCAUCAUGGACUCGACCUGCCUCGUCUGGGACACAUCGUGCAAGAACAGAGGCAACUGCUGGUUCUACCACAGAGACAAUUUCCGAUACUACAUUAAUUUGACAGCUGCGUGUAUGUGCUUGGUUGGAGUAUUUUUCGAUCUAAUUGUGUGUUACCUCUCAAAAGGUAUUGACUUAUACGGUGACAACGAUGAGGUGGAUAAGAAAACAAUUACAUCGCAAGUACACAAUGAUUUAAAACUGAAUAAUCAAGAAGAUAAUAGUCCAAAACAGUUGUAAUGCCUCUGUGAUUUUAUUCCAAAUGGAAAACUGCGUUUUCAAAAAUCUCUCCUAAA